CCGCCCAUUCUGGCAGGCUUCGCAGCCAUAGGUUCGUGCAGCACCGCUGCCGAGCCAUUGGUUCGUCUUUAAUGCACUGCAUGAACCGAUGGCCGUGCAGUUAUACUGCGUGAUUGAAAAAGGCUUCAAUUCAGGAGAAAAAAGGACUUUUUCCCAUAGCGUCUUUAGCAAGGCGCAGUACUCGUUCCCGUAUCUCAGGGAGCUGAGGUUAGGUUCGUAACCGAGUACGUUAUUUUUGAUUAAUUCUAGGAACUCGAAUUACAUUCAUCAAAAUGACUCGAUUAGAUUCGUUCCAGUAGGCCCACCAGGUGGCGCCCAGUGAGUGUCUUUGAAUCAUUUACUGAUUUAUUCAAAAACACUUUAUUGUACACAGCCAUAACAGCACUGCAAAUUCUAGAAGCAUGACAGCUAUCCGAACAUACUUAACUGAACAUAAAAAUCGCGACUUUGGAACAAGAGGAAAGCGAUCACUUGAGCACAAUUUAAGGCAAUGAAAGAGGUGAAGACAAAAUCUACUCAUUUUAAACAAUGCUUCAUUGCAGAAGUUGAGGCUUUUCCAAGUUACUGUAUAACCUAUUGUGUGCUUACUACUAGGCAUAUAUUUAUUUGAAUAGGAAAUGUCAGUACAACACGUCAUUGAUUCUAUUAAUCAUAAAAGUGUAAAUUACUUAAUAUUUGCUGUAUAUUACCCAGUGUAACUCUGUUUGUCAUCAUCAACAAGCUGCUUGUUAUAGUUAUAGUUUCUAGGGUAGAUCAUAUAUGUAAUAUGUUGAUGUAUGUUAAAGAGCAGCAACUCUAAGAAUGAGGAUGCAUACGCGUGGUUUUUUUCUUUCUUUCUUCUUCUUAAUGCUGGAAUGUUGUGCACGUCACCAUGACCAGUAUAAACAUUGUCAUUAUGCUAAACCUGUCUGGGGUUUUUAUCUAGUACUUUUUAGUUCCCUUUUUUUUCUUUUUUUUUGACAGACAGUUUGACAGCAAAAAAAUAAAUAAAUAAAAAAAUCCCUGGCAAUAGCUGACAUAAGCAGAUUUUGCAUUUUAACACCAUCAUACCUUAGAAAAAGCAGAUUAUAAUCAGCAAAGGACGUAAAUGCUAUGUUUGCAUGUGACAUGUAAUUUCCCAUAAACCUUAGAAUCCCUCUUUCAUUUCCUUUUUUCGUCCUGGACUUUGUACCUGUUCACGGCUUGUUUCAUUUGUUUUAGAUAGGAAGAACUUGCUUGACUCACACAAGAUGAGUGGAUGGGUCUAUGUUUUGGUAGCUACAUUGUGAUUUUCUUUGUAAAUAAAAUCUCUCUAUUCCUUUAGUGGAAAUGGUAAUCUGAGCAACACAACUGUAAUCUAAGUAAACCAAUCCCCUAGUGAAAAUAAACAGUUUGUAAUGUCAGGCAUCUUAAAGUAUGUUUAAAAUGCUGUGUGCUUCUUUUUAUUUAAGGGGAAAUCCACACCUGAUCUGUGUGUGUUGUCGGGAAAACCUCUCCUUGACUUUCAGGUUUCCUCGCACACCUUUGGGUGUGAAGGGGGCGGAGAUUUAUCUGAACUCCCCUUUACAUUCUCACUGCUUCUCAUUUCUCAUUUCACUUCUGCUGUGUUUUUAUGCUUGCACUGGACUUGUUUCUUUUUAUUGUAGUUAUUUUUAUUUAUUUUUUUUAUUUACUUUAAUAAUAUCCUUUGUAUUUAUGUGUUUGGCAAAGAGUCUGAUUUAGGAAAUUCAGCAUGGCUGAGAGUGUUCUAAAUACUCCGGACCUGAAGGAUCUGGAAGAAGAAGAAUUGUGGGAUCUUAUCAAUGAUAACCGUCAUGCUAUCUCUCUUGGUGUCCGACCCUGUGUUCUCAUCCCUUACCUGCGACAGGCACGGGUCCUCACAGACUUGGAUGAGGAUGAGAUUCUCACCUGUUUCAAUUUUACCAACCGUGGCAUGAAGACAAGUCACAUGAUUGACUUGUUACGUGUACAGGGUCAUAAUGGUGCAAUGGCUCUGCUUGAAAGUCUGAUGAUUCAUUACCCUGCUCUCUACACACGGAUCACCGGCCGCCAGCCCAGCAUUGAGCCUUCAGGCUUCAGCGGCCUGAUAAAUUACAAUGAGUUGACAGAGUACCUGGUUCGUGCAGUGAGCAGUAUGCAGACAGAGCUACAAGUGGCACGGCACGAAGCUUCGCGGCUGCAAGGCAGAUGUUGUCAGCUGGAGGGGAAACUAGAACAGACCCAACAAAAUAAUGAAGAGCUCAGCCAGAUGCAGGGAGAGCAUGCACGACUGCGCAGUCACCUGGAUGGUUUAAACAGGGAACUGCUGAAACUGAAGGAUGAGAAGUGUGAUCUCUAUGUCAGAUAUACGACAGCUCUUGAGGAGAAGUCUGCAACUAUUGUACGCAACAGAGACCUGCAACUGGAGAUUUCCCAGCUGCAGCAUGAGUUAAAAAAGGCAAGGAAAGAGACAGACUUUGAGAGGCAGCGUUCCUUGAAGAAUCCCACUGACACACAGAAGCUCAAAGAUGAGCUCAACGCUGUCCGCGCAAAGUUACUGGAGACUGAGACGUUGUUCCCAGUACAGCAGGAUAUCCUGGCCCAUGAUUUAAAGGAGGUCGAGAACAGACGUUCAGAACUUGCUGAGGAAGUCAGCAGGCUGAGUGAGGAGAAUAUACGACUCCAGCAAGAGAAAGAGGAGCUCCUAGAAGAGAAGGACUGUUUAGCCCUGGAGGUGGAGAAGUUGACUGUGGACUGUGAGAUGUAUCAGCACAGGAGUACCCUUUUCCAUAGUCAGCUAGAAGAGGUGCAGGCAGAGAGAGACAGGGCAUAUUUGUCCCGAGAUGAGGCCCAGGCUCAGAUUGCACGUAGUCUCGCAGAGAAGGACGUGCAGAGAGGCCAACUCAUGGAGCUACAGGCGAGAGUUUUCGCCAUGAAAGCCUGUAGCAAGCAAAGAGAAAGAAGAGAAAAAUCCAGGGACAGGAAGUUCAGUUGCGAUAGCAGCAGAGGUUCAUGCAGUGAGUUCCCUCCAUCCAGUCCCCAACCCAGAAGACAGCUAUGCCGCUUGAAUGCAAUUCUUCCUGAGAGUUUUAACUCUUUUGAUGCCUGUGAGUUCAAUGAUGAAGCAAUCUGCAGUAUCAGUUCCAAUCAAGUGGAGCCCCCCUGUUCCGAAUCUCUCCGCAGACGAGGCUUUGCCUCCAGAAGUGACGUGGAAGACAUUUACAGCAGUCAGGAUUCUCUCAGCUUUGACCAUGAUUAUGUUUUCAUUUCUAAAGGAGAUAGUUUUGAUGAGCCAAAAUCACCCGCACAAAUUCGCUGUUCUGCUAGCAGAAGGAGCCCUAAUGACAGUGUCUCAAGAGCAUCAGCCCCACCCUUCCUAAUGCGCUGCAGACCUCAGGCUCUGCGUAUCACUGGUCGCGUACUCACUGUGUUUUUCCAGGGAGAAAUGCUGUUGAAUCAAAUACAGGUCAGGGGUAAUAAGACCGGUGUGUUUGUGCAUCAUGUGACCGAAGGAUCAUCUGCUCAAAGCACUGGCAUCAGUCCUGGAUCUCAGAUACUUCAGCUGAAGUAUGAGCGGGAGCAGAGAGCUGUACAAAUGGUUUUAGAAGACACCACUAUGGAAGAGGCCCUGUGGGCCCUGGGGCAAGUCCAGGGACCAUGCAACAUUACACUGAGACCCAGCCAAGAUGCUUAUGAGAACCUGCUGCAGCAGCUAAAGAACGGCGAGGUGAUGUCGGGUGAUUCCUUCUACAUCCGUGUAAACAUGACAAUACCAGGGGACACAGCUGGAACUCUCGCAGUCAAGUGUAACGACAUUGUCCAUGUGACAGACACUCACCAUUCCGAUGAUGGCUCCUGGUGGGCCAGUCACUUGCACCCUUGUCACUUGGAAGAUCUCAAGAGCGGGGCUCUGCCCAACUACUACAGAGCACAGAGGCUCUUAAUCAGGGCUCUAGAGGAUAUGACCUACCCUCGCAAAGCACAAAGAAAGGAGAAAACUUUAGCUCAUGAGAAGCAGAGAGCAGCGAGGAUCGUCAUCACUGGUCGGCAAAGCAGAAACCCACUGUGGGUCAGUGUGGAGGAUGACAACAACACAGUACAGGACAGUGAUGGCUGUGUGCCCAGCAGAUGUGUGACUCUUAUGCCCUACACCCUGGUCUCACCUCGUUUCCCACCCAUCUGCCGACCAGUCCUCCUUCUUCCCACAUUGCUUGGCCGUGUCUUGCACAAACGGUUGGCAGAACAGCAAGGUUAUCAGCUCUGUGAGCCAGAGUUGCUGAUGGCAAGUGAGCAUGCCAUUCAAAUGCAGAAGGGGGAGAUUCUUGAAGAGUGUGACUCAAAAACACACCUUUGCUAUACGUUGCAGGGAGUGGAGAAGAUCAUGAAGCGGGGCACUCACUGUGUGUUACCCCUGGGUUUGGACUGUGUACGUCGUCUCCACCGUGCCGAAAUCUUCCCCAUCAUCAUCUACAUCAUGUCAACAGAGAGGAGUCUCCGCAGAUUGAGACACAAACUACGGCAGAAUGUUUUGACUGAGCUGCAGGUGCUGGAGUGUUCCUGCAGCGAGGAGCCCCUUCUGGAUAAACUGCCCUGCCUUUACCAGAGCAUUCCACCAGAGAGCUGGCAUGACAGCACCACCCUAAUUGACACCCUGAAAACAGUGGUGUCAGAGGAGCAGCAAAAGAUUGUGUGGGUUGAGUCAGAUACCUGGUGAAAGAGUAAUGGGAAUGAGAAUGUAAAUUCAAAAUUAAGAGUAUUAAGGCAAGUUUAUACUUCUGCAUCGAACCUACAUUGUAGACACGGUUUAGUUAUGCUCUUUAUGAUGUAGCCUGAUGUGCACCUCUCCAGAAAUGCUAUGAUAGGUCUUCUUUAUAACCAAAGACCUUCCCCCAGGCUGAUUGAAAGAAAAUCUGCUGUAGUUUCACAUCCAUUGGGAAUGAAUAAUAGAGCAUGAUUGCUUGAAGCUUCUGAUGAAAGCAGUGAGGCUGAUUACACAAACAGCAGGCUGGACAGAGAUGAUCAUAAACCAUAAAUGAAUUUAAUGAUCCAAAACGUCCAUAUUCACACAACAUUGUUUGUCCAUACAACAAUAUUGAUCAUAACAUGAUUAAAAGAGAAUUCCACUAAACAUUUAUGAACCAAUGCACAGAGGUCCAAAGAGGAAAUAAUAAUGGGCCUUUUAGAUAAAGGUAAACUAAAAAGCACAUUCUGUGCAUUUAAAGCAAAAGAAAAAAAAAAUGGAGGUCUGCUACAAAGCUAAAAAGUUGUACACUACCGCUCAAAAGUUUGAGGUCAGUAGAUAUGGAAAGAAUUAUACUUUUAUUCAGUUAACAUGCAUUAAACUGAUGAACAGUUACAGUUACUUACAUUGUUACAAAAAAUUUAUUUCAGACAAAUGCUGUUUUAAACUUUCUAUUUAUCCACUUAGGAAAAAAAGUAUUACUGUUUCCCCUAGAGUAUUAUGCAGGGCAACUGUUUCAAACAUUAAUAAUAAUACGAAAUGUUACUUGAGAAUCAAAUCAACAUAUAAUUUAACAUAUAACAAUAAUUUCUGGAUCAUGUCACACUGAUGGCUGCAGUGCAUGGCUCCUGAAAAUUCUGCUUUGCCAUCACAGGAAUAAUUACAUUUUAAAAUAUAUUAAAACAGACAACUGUUAUUUUAAAUUAUAAUAUUAUUUCAUAAUAAUACUGAUUUUACUGUAUAAUCCAUCCAUUAGAUGUUGAGCAUUUUGAGACUUUUGAAUGAUAGUGUGUAGUAUAUGUAAAAAGUAAUGAUGCAACAUACACAGAUAAGGCAUUUUGUCCUAAGUGCUGACCCCUGAGGGUUCCAUCAGUAUAUGUCUAUCAUUGAAUAUAUAUAUAUAUAAAUAUUAAUGUAUUGCUUAGAAAUGGGUAUACAAGGUGCUUUAUUGGGACUUAUUUGUAAGGUGCAUGCUAUAUUUAUUUAUAACUAUAGUCUGAAUACUCUAUAAUACUUAUCCACUAUUUUGAAUGUUCACAACUGCACAACAGAUUAAUAUUAAAUCAGAUUUUAUUUCACUGACCAUCUGUGUGUAAAACCAUCAGUGGAAUUUGUUUACAAUGAGUCAGCUACCUAAGUUACAUUAAGUUGCAACAACAGAACACAAAAACCAGCUGAUAUUCUACUUAAUAGUGUUGUUUACCACAGGCUCACAAACAGAGGUUUUUGUUCAAGUUAGGGAAAAAUACAAACAAAAAUGAGGAUAUAGAGCAUUUUCCCCUCAAGCCAUAUAUCAAAUCUCAGCUGCUCUGCAUGCAUUCUGCCAGACUAAACUAUGUUAUACAUUGUUUAUUGUUUUUACUCAGGUUCAAAUUACGCAUUGUUUUUGUAAAACAAAAGUCUUUGAAAACUGACAGUUUAAAACUGAGAGCAAGUAACUAUUGUAUAGUGAUUUAUACAUAAUACACAUUACAAUAUUAAUGUUCUCUUUUAUAUUUGUAUAUUCUAUUUCAUUACAAAUUCUGUGACAUGCUUCAACAUUUGUGUACAAUUCUGUUGUAGAGUAUAUCUCUUUAUGUAAACGUUUUUUAAUUUUCUUCUUUGAUGUGUACUGAUCUACACCUAUACAAA